AUGGGUCAUCAUCGAUCGCGCAGGCCUACGUCUUCGGAUUCUGGGUAUGACACUACUUCCGAAGGACCCACUUCACCCUCAAACGACAGGAUCGAGAGUCGAGUCACCGUAGAAUCCCCAGGAGCAGCCAUAAACCAAAAAGGCGAGAGAUUAUCAGCGGGCGACGAACGUUCUUCAUUCCUCUCCUCCACUACACGCACCGACCUUAACCUAUCUAUCGGCACAGAACUCUCUGAUAUCCAGCUUUCAUCACUUAAUCCGCAACAACUCGAUGAAUUAGCCUUGCUUGUCUCAGAACGAGGUGUGGUUUUCUUUCGCGACCAGGACCUCACUUCAGAAGAGCAAAUCCACAUUUUCGACCAUUAUGGAGCGUCCGGGGAGAGACAAAUCGCAGAGAAAAGCCAAGGUUCCUUGAAGGUUAAACGGAGUAAAGAAGACCAUGGGGAGAAGUUCACAUAUGCAUCGGGGAGGCAAAAUGAAUGGACGUCGGACAGAAGCUUCGAGGUGGAGCCCCCAAGCUAUGCAAUGGCGAGAGUGGAGGAGGUGGAGGGGUUUGGAGCGGACACAGUUUGGGUUUCGCAAUACGGCUUGUAUGAUGCCCUGAGCAAACGUAUGAAAAGCUUCCUGGAUGACCUGGACGCGGUACACACAUCAAAAUUUCAAUAUGACUCCAUUGUCAAUCUCAGGGGCAUGCCAUCAAACCGCGGUCCGGUAGAAACCUACCAUCCCGCAGUUCGUACGCAUCCAGUGACCGGAUUGAAAGCACUGAAUGUCACGCCUGGUUCUGUCACGGCGUUUGAAGACCUAACGAGGAAGGAGUCCGAUAAGUUGCUUGAACUUCUAGAGUAUCAGAUCAAUUCUUCAGAUGAGCAAACUGUGCGGUUCAGAUGGGAAGCUGGGAGCGUUGCCAUAUGGGACAACCGAUGUACUGCGCACAAAUCCAUUCCGGGCUCAACUACCAACAGUAUCAAGAUUAUCGAAACAGCCGUACUUGGGGAGAAGCCGUAUCUUGAUCCGCGCAGUGAGAGUCGUGACGAAAGAGGGAAACGCCUUGCGAGAGAAGCACUACAGGAACAAGAAAGACUAAAGGAGAUCAAAGCGCGGUACAAUAACACCCCUUUGCGUAGGAUCUUGCGGUAUCAAGCCUACGGCGGAGAAUGUACAUUUGGCACUAUCUCUUCCACUUCAUCUGCUAAUGACCCUAGCAGCAAAUUCGGAUAA